AUGUCCCACGAACGACAUCUGAGAGACACAGCAUCUUCCCCGGAAGACAGCAUUCUGGAUAAGAUGGAUCUAUUGAGGUCGACCUUUAGAGCCCUGAAUUUGCACGGGCCAGAAGCAGAGGACGAUUUCUCCAUCCAGCAACUUGGGAAUGAGAGAACGACUCCAGUUCUGGAAAAUGAAAAUGGGAAUUUUGAAACAAGAAAGGAUUUCAAGGAUCAGAUGAGAAAGCAAAGUAGAAAACAAAGUCGAGAAGAGGAUGAAAAGCUGGAAACAAUUUCCCUCGCAGAUGUAGCCUGGCACGACACGUCCGACGAUUGUUGGAUAGCCAUUUACGACUAUGUCUACAAUUGUACGGAUUUCGUCAAGAACCAUCCUGGUGGACAGGACAUUCUGCUUGAGUAUGCUGGACGGGAUGCCACUCUAGCAUUCAUUGGUACCGGACACUCUAAGGAAGCCAAACAGAUUCUCCAGAGAUACCUAAUUGGAGAACUUCCUCCAGAAGAAAGGAUAUUUCGAAUUCCUGGUGGUGUCAAAAUUGUUGAUUACUAAACAUUUAAUUUGUCUAACUCACAAUCGAAAAUAUAGUGGAAAAUAUUUUUUCGUAGCUAGAGGAUCAGUUUUAAAUUAGAAGGAGAUUUAAAUCGAUCAGCUUUCACUUAGAGCAGAAAUAUCGGCAGUAACUAAUACUGAAUUUAGUUGAUGCUAGCAAGGUGGCUGUAGGUCAGGGAAAACCUGGUCAUCAGGAAAGACAGGAAGUUUCAUUGGCCAGGAAAAUUUAAGGAUUUGAAAUAAAACUUCCAAAAGUUAGGAAGUUUCUUUGAGAGGUAUUUUAAAUAUCUAUCAAAGGUAAAAAAUCACCUUAUAAAUUUGCCUUAUAAUUCUAUUUCUACUUCUUUCUUUGCAGUUGCCUGAUAAUUGCUUAAAAGUUAUAAUUUUAGUUAGAAAUUUUAUAAUUUGUUUGAAAAUACAAAAACUUUGUUUGAAAUUUUCUAGAAAU